CCCUGCCCUCACCCCUGGCCUCAUUUACCUCUCAUCAUGGAGACCCAGCGUGUCUUAUCGUCCUACCGAAAGCGUUUCGGGACUCAGAGCAGCCCCUCAGCCCCGCUCAUCACCAGGAGCCUCGGGCGCCUGUCCCUCCACAGCACCCCACGCCACACGGCCCUGUCCAGCCCCAGUGUGUCCCGUCUGUCCCUGGGAACCGAGAGGCUUGACUUCUCAACUGACUCGCUGCUGAAGGCUCAGUACCGUGAGACACGCACCAAUGAGAAGGUGGAGAUGAUGGGCCUGAACGACCGCUUCGCUAACUACAUCGAGAAAGUACGUUUCCUGGAACAGCAGAACAAGGUACUGGUGGCCGAGCUGAAUCAGCUGCGUGGGAAGGAGCCAAGCCGUCUCGGGGACAUCUACCAAGAGGAACUGAGGGAGCUGCGCAGGCAGGUGGACGGCCUGAACAAUGCCAAGGCACGGCUGGAGAUUGAGAGGGACAACCUGGCAGCUGAUGUGGGCACACUGAAGCAGAGACUUCAGGAUGAGACUGCACUGAGACAAGAUGCAGAAAACAGCCUGAAUGCAUUUAGACAAGAUGUGGAUGAGGCAGCUCUGAACAGGGUGCAGCUGGAGCGGAAGAUUGAAGCGCUGCAGGAUGAGAUCAAUUUCCUGAAGAAAGUCCAUGAGGAGGAGAUGCGGGAGCUGCAGGAGCAGUUGAAUGCUCAGCAGGUGCAUGUGGACCUGGACGUGUCAAAGCCAGACCUGACUGCGGCACUGAGGGAGAUCCGAGUGCAGUACGAGGCCAUGGCAACCUCCAACAUGCAGGAGACUGAGGAGUGGUACCGCUCCAAGUUUGCGGAUCUGACCGACGCAGCCAAUCGGAAUGCAGAGGCUCUGCGGCAGGCGAAGCAGGAAGCUAAUGAUUACCGCAGGCAGAUCCAGGCCCUGACCUGUGACCUGGAGUCACUGAGAGGAACUAACGACUCUCUGGAGCGACAGCUGCGUGAGAUGGAGGAGCGUUUCUCCACGGACACGGCGGCGUAUCAGGACACGGUGGCUCGUCUGGAGGAGGAGAUCCAGGCUCUGAAGGAGGAAAUGGCUCGACACCUGCAGGAGUAUCAGGAUCUCCUCAACGUCAAGCUGGCCCUGGACAUCGAGAUCACCACCUACAGGAAGCUGCUGGAGGGAGAGGAGAGCCGGAUCACUGUUCCUGUGCAGAGUUUCUCCAACAUGCAGUUCAGAGACACCAACAUUGACACUAAAGCUCCCGAGAGUCUCACUAAGAGAAGCAUCAUCGUACGAACCGUGGAGACACGUGAUGGAGAGAUCAUAAAGGAGUCAACCACGGAGAGGAAGGAGCUGCCGUGAUCGGGCAGUCCGUGUCCAACGUGACGACUGACCAGACUUCUUCAACGUCAUCGCUACACACAUGAGAAAUAACAUCAGCAUGACACUGAGAUCACGACACUGCAUCAAACAUCACACACACACACACACACGAUAAAACUAUUAACACGCUUGCCCAACGAAACAUCCUUCAGCGUUUACACAUCGAGUCGUUUACUCUUCACUAACAUCUCGUUAGCAGACAAACCGCCAUGUGGUUAUAACACACUCAUAAAGUGGAAAUGAAAAUAGCUACUGAUAAAGAAUGUGACGUCUGAUUGUAUCUAAUCAAAGGGAUCAUUGGUUGUGACUGAGUUAGAUCGGAUCGUUCCUGCUGAAGGAGGUCCAGCGCUGUCUUCGAGUCACAUCACCAUUACUGUAAAAACCAAGGGAUCCGCUAUUUUUCCAAGUGAUCCAUGAUUUUUCCAAAUGAUCUGCGAUUUUUCCAAAUGAUCUGCGAUUUUUCCGAAUGAUCCGAACGAUUUUCCAUGAGCUGCAGGAUGAUUUCAGCGAUCGUUGCCGUAGAAACCUUAUUUUCCUGAAUACCAAUUAAUAAUUAAUGACCAAUCCAAGGACAGGAUUUUACAAGAAAAUAAAAAUUCGGAAUAAAAAUGUUUAUAUUCAUCCCUGAGGUUUAGAUCUCACAGUAAUGUAGUGAUAUUUUUUGGGGGGAAACAAACAAAUUUUGAGCUAACAUCCAGAGAUCCAAACGAGCUAAAGUGGGCGUGUUCUCUGGGUGGGAGGGGCUUACUGUCUCUCUCUCCUGUCAAUCACAGCGAUAUUAGUUAACCUGAGGGCAGAUAGCGCCUUUGUGCCCGGUGUUACAUGACGUAUUAGGCAGAAGACUUUAUUAGUAGCCAAAAAAAGUAAAAUAUUCAUCUUUUAGUUGAAAAUAUCGAAAUAGACCUCAAGCUACCUGAAGGCUAGCAUUAUGGGAAAGGAUUAUAGACGUAAAUAGGGACAGGAAAUCUGAGGCGCACUUGAAGGCAGCACUGACCUCCAGAUGAUGGAUUAGCAGAUAGGAAACGUAUAAAUAACAGAGUCGUCUCAUGUCCAUUACAUUUAAUAAAACGUUUGUUUAGAGAAAGAGGAAGAUUGUUGUCUAGAUUUGAGUAGGUGUGUGACAGGAAGUGAGAUGUAGCUUGAUGGACGCAGAGGGAGAGAAUCCGGGAAGUUUUAGGGGGUUUGUUUUUCUGAAGUAAAAGUAAAAGGAGCGUCUUAGCAAGGGGAGUUUAUCAGCAGUGCUAGAAGGAAGGGUUUCGCCUCAUCCUCGUUUGUGUCUUUUGUCCGUCUCGUCAAUUUUUAAUGCUUUUUAUUGUUAACGUGUUUUUUGUAGCGUCACGUGUUUACUUCGUGUCACUGAUCUGAAUAAAGACUUUUGUUUAACUGAAUAACAGCUGGAA